UGUGAUGAGUCUGCAGUUCUGCAUCUGAGUCACCAGAGAAAAGUUUCCUCACAGACUGAUCUCUUUUCUGACUGCCAUAAUCCUCUACCCACAACCAUGGGUGACGCUCUGAUGGCUGAGUUCGGGAAGGCUGCUCCUUACCUGAGGAAGUCGGACAAGGAGCGCCUGGAAGCCCAGACCAGAUCUUUUGACAUCAAGACUGAAUGCUUUGUAGUUGAUGAUAAGGAGGAAUAUAUGAAGGGACAAAUCCAAAGCAAAGAAGGAGGUAUGGUGACUGUCAAGAAGGAGGACGGAACAACGGUAACCGUGAAGGAGUUGGAGGUCCAUCCCCAGAACCCGCCAAAGUUCGAUAAAAUCGAAGACAUGGCGAUGUUCACUUUCCUCCAUGAGCCCGCCGUGCUGUAUAACCUCAAAGAGCGUUACGCUGCCUGGAUGAUCUACACCUACUCUGGGCUCUUCUGUGUCACUGUCAACCCCUACAAGUGGCUUCCUGUCUACGAUGCCGAGGUGGUGGCAGCUUACAGAGGAAAGAAGAGAACAGAGGCUCCCCCUCAUAUCUUCUCCAUCUCUGAUAAUGCCUACCAGUACAUGCUGACUGACAGGGAGAACCAGUCAGUCCUCAUCACUGGAGAAUCUGGAGCUGGGAAGACUGUGAACACCAAGAGGGUCAUCCAGUACUUCGCCAGCAUUGCUGCAGUUGGCGGUGGAGGCAAAAAAGACACCAGCAAAGGGACACUGGAAGAUCAAAUCAUCCAGGCAAACCCUGCACUGGAGGCCUUCGGCAAUGCCAAAACAUCGAGAAAUGACAACUCUUCUCGUUUUGGAAAAUUCAUCCGAAUUCACUUUGGUACGAGCGGCAAGCUGUCAUCUGCUGACAUCGAGACGUACCUGCUGGAGAAGUCACGUGUCACCUUUCAGCUCAAGGCUGAAAGGAACUACCACAUAUUCUACCAGAUCCUGUCCAAUGAGAAGCCAGAGCUGCUGGACAUGCUGCUGAUCACCAACAACCCGUACGACUACUCCUACAUCUCUCAAGGAGAGGUAACGGUCGCCUCCAUCAACGACUCAGAGGAGCUGAUAGCCACUGACAGUGCCUUCGAUGUGCUCGGCUUCACACCAGACGAGAAGAUGGGCGUCUAUAAACUGACAGGAGCCAUCAUGCACUACGGCAACAUGAAGUUCAAACAGAAGCAGCGUGAGGAGCAGGCUGAGCCAGACGGGACGGAGGCUGCUGAUAAAUCGGCUUACUUAAUGGGGCUGAAUUCUGCUGACCUCAUCAAAGGGCUGUGCCAUCCCAGAGUCAAGGUAGGAAAUGAAUACGUCACCAAAGGACAAAGUGUGGACCAAGUCUACUACUCCCUUGGUGCUCUGGCUAAGUCAGUGUAUGAAAAAAUGUUCAACUGGAUGGUAGUGAGAAUCAAUCAAUCCCUGGACACAAAACAGCAUCGUCAGUACUUCAUAGGAGUGCUGGACAUUGCUGGAUUUGAGAUCUUUGAUUUCAACACUUUUGAGCAGUUGUGCAUCAACUACACCAAUGAGAAACUGCAACAGUUUUUCAACCAUCACAUGUUCGUUCUGGAGCAAGAAGAGUACAAAAAAGAAGGUAUUGACUGGGAGUUCAUUGACUUUGGGAUGGACUUACAAGCUUGUAUUGACCUCAUUGAGAAGCCGCUGGGGAUCCUGUCGAUUCUUGAGGAGGAAUGCAUGUUUCCUAAAGCCAGUGACCAGACCUUCAAGUCCAAGCUCUAUGAUAAUCAUCUGGGCAAGAACAAGAUGUUUGAGAAGCCGAGGGCUGCAAAGGGGAAAGCAGAGGCUCAUUUUGCCCUGGUUCAUUAUGCUGGCACAGUGGACUACAACAUUGGCAACUGGUUGGUCAAAAACAAAGACCCCCUAAAUGAAACUGUGGUCGGUCUUUACCAGAAAUCAUCUCUUAAGCUUCUCAGCCUUCUGUUUUCAAGCUAUUCAGCUGAUGGCGGUGACAAAGCAGGUGGCAAAGGAGCCAAGAAGAAAGGUUCCUCGUUCCAGACCGUGUCUGCACUUCACAGGGAAAACCUGAACAAGCUGAUGAACAACCUGAAGACCACACACCCCCACUUUGUCCGCUGUCUGAUUCCUAAUGAGAGGAAAACUCCAGGGGUCAUGGACAACUGCCUUGUGAUGCACCAGCUGCGUUGUAACGGUGUCCUGGAAGGAAUCAGAAUCUGCAGGAAGGGUUUCCCAAAUAGAGUGCUCUAUGGCGACUUCAAACAAAGGUACAGGAUUUUGAAUGCCUCUGCCAUCCCUGAAGGCCAGUUCCUUGACUGCAAGAAGAGUGCCGAAAAGUUGCUGGGAUCACUGGACAUUGACCACACUCAGUACAAGUUUGGUCACACCAAAGUCUUCUUUAAAGCUGGUCUGCUGGGGACACUGGAGGAGAUGCGAGAUGAACAACUCUCUCGAAUCAUCACCAGGAUCCAGGCUAAUGCCCGGGCAAUCCUCAUGAGGGCACAGUUUGCUAAGCUCGUGGAACGCAGAGAUGCCCUUAUGGUCAUCCAGUGGAACCUUCGCUCUUUUCUGGGUGUAAAGAACUGGCCCUGGAUGAAGCUCUUCUUCAAGAUCAAACCCCUUCUCAAGAGCGCUGAGUCUGAGAAGGAGAUGGCUAACAUGAAGGAUGAGUUCAACAAACUGAAAGAAGCUCUGGAGAAAUCAGAAGCAAGACGUAAGGAACUAGAGGAGAAAAUAGUGACUCUUCUCCAAGAGAAGAACGAUUUGACUCUGCAAAUUCAGUCUGAACAGGAUACACUAACAGAUGCUGAAGAACGCUGUGAACAGCUUAUAAAGAGCAAGAUUCAACUGGAGGCCAAGCUGAAAGAGAUGACAGAAAGACUGGAAGAUGAAGAGGAGCUAAAUGCAGAUCUCACAGCUAAGAAACGGAAGCUUGAAGAUGAAUGCUCUGAGUUGAAGAAAGAUAUAGAUGAUCUGGAGCUGACUUUGGCCAAGGUCGAGAAAGAAAAACAUGCCACAGAGAAUAAGGUGAAAAACCUGACGGAGGAGAUGGCUUCCCAGGAUGAAAACAUCAUGAAACUAACCAAAGAGAAGAAGGCACUACAGGAGGCUCACCAGCAGACACUGGAUGACCUUCAGAGUGAAGAAGACAAAGCCAACAGCUUGACCAAAGCCAAAGCUAAGCUGGAGCAACAGGUGGACGAUCUUGAGGGCUCGUUGGAGCAAGAGAAGAAAGUCAGGAUGGACCUUGAACGCUCAAAGAGGAAGCUCGAAGGAGACCUGAAACUGACCCAGGAGAGUUUGAUGGACCUAGAAAAUGACAAGCAGCAGCUGGAGGAAAAACUAAAAAAAAAAGACUUUGAGGUUGUCCAAAUAAAUUCAAGACUAGAAGACGAGCAGGUUGCUUCAGUUCAGCUCCAGAAGAAGCUGAAAGAAAACCAGGCGAGAAUUGAGGAGCUGGAAGAGGAGCUGGAUGCUGAGCGUGCAGCCCGGGCCAAAGUUGAGAAGCAACGCUCCGAUCUUUCCCGCGAGCUGGAGGACAUCAGCGAGCGUCUGGAGGAGGCAGGUGGGGCAACAUCAGCACAGGUGGAGCUGAAUAAGAAGAGAGAUACUGAAUUUCAGAAGCUCCGUAGGGAGCUGGAGGAAUCUACCCUCCAACACGAGGCCACCGCUGCAUCCCUGAGGAAGAAACAUGCUGACAGCGUUGCCGAACUGGGCGAACAGAUUGAUAACCUGCAGCGUGUGAAGCAGAAGCUGGAGAAGGAAAAGAGUGAGCUGAAGCUGGAGCUGGAUGACUUGUGUUCUAACAUGGAGAGUGUGGUGAAGGCCAAGUCAAACAUUGAGAAGAUGUGCCGUACAAUGGAAGACAACAUGAAUGAGUACAAGAGUAAAUAUGAGGAAGCUCAACGCACAGUCAAUGACUUGACUACACAGAGGGCCAAGCUGCUCACUGAGAAUGGUGAGUUUGGACGGCAGCUGGAGGAGAAAGAGUGUCUGAUAUCACAGCUGACCAGAGGGAAGAACUCCUACAACCAGCAGGUAGAAGAUCUACGCAGACAGCUGGAAGAAGAAGUCAAGGCAAAGAAUGCCCUUGCCCAUGCCGUACAAUCUGCUCGUCACGACUGUGAUCUGCUCCGAGAGCAGUUUGAAGAGGAGCAGGAGGCCAAGGCUGAGCUACAGAGAGCUCUGUCCAAAUCCAACACAGAGGUCUCAGCAUGGAGGACAAAAUAUGAAACUGAUGGAAUCCAGAGAACAGAGGAACUGGAAGAAGCAAAGAAAAAGCUGGUUCAAAGACUGCAGGAGGCAGAGGAGGCUAUCGAGGCAGUGAAUGCAAAGUGUUCAUCCCUUGAGAAGACCAAGCACCGCCUCCAAAAUGAAAUCGAAGACCUUAUGCUGGACCUCGAGAGAUCCAAUGCAGCAUCUGCAGCCCUAGACAAAAAGCAAAGAGCCUUUGACAAAGUCAUGGCAGAGUGGAAGCAAAAGUUUGAGGAGUCUCAGUGUGAGCUGGAGGCCUCUCAGAAGGAAGCUCGGUGUCUGAGCACUGAACUCUUCAAACUGAGGAAUGCCUAUGAGGAGUCCCUGGAUCAACUUGAGACGAUGAAGAGAGAGAACAAGAACCUCCAAGAGGAGAUCUCUGACCUUACCGACCAGCUGGGGGAGGGUGGCCGGAGUGCUCAUGAGCUGGAGAAGAUCCGGAAGCAGCUCGAGCAGGAAAGGGAGGAGCUCCAGUCAGCACUGGAGGAGGCAGAAGGUUCUCUGGAGCACGAAGAGAGCAAGAUCCUCAGAGCCCAGCUGGAGUUCAACCAAGUGAAAGCCGACAUGGAGCGCAAGCUGGCUGAGAAAGACGAGGAAAUGGAGCAAGCAAAGAAGAACUACCAACGGAUGCUUGAGUCGCUUCAGUCCUCUCUGGAAUCUGAAACCAGGAGCCGCAAUGAGGCCCUGAGAGUCAAGAAGAAGAUGGAAGGUGACCUCAACGAGAUGGAGAUCCAGCUUAGCCAAGCUAAGAGGCAGGCAGCUGAUGCCCAGAAACAGCUAAAGAGCCUUCAGGCAUUCCUGAAGGACUCUCAGCUCCAGCUGGAUGAUGCACAGCAUGGCAACGAUGACCUGAGAGAGAACAUCGCUCUCCUGGAACGCAGAAACAACCUGAUCCAGGCCGAACUAGAGGAAUUGAGGGCCGCCCUUGAGCAGACGGAAAGAAGUCGGAAACUGGCCGAACAGGAGCUGAUUGAUGCUACAGAGCGCAUGCAACUCCUGCACUCCCAGAACACCAGCCUGAUCAACCAGAAGAAGAAGCAUGAAGCAGACCUCCUGCACCUGCAGAAUGAGGUGGAGGAAGCCAUACAGGAGAACCGCAAUGCUGAGGAGAAGGCAAAGAAGGCUAUCACAGAUGCAGCCAUGAUGGCUGAGGAGCUGAAGAAGGAGCAGGACACCAGCGCCCAUCUGGAGCGUAUGAAGAAGAACAUGGAGCAGACCAUCAAAGACCUGCAGCACCGCCUGGACGAGGCAGAGCAGAUCGCCAUGAAGGGCGGCAAAAAGCAGCUCCAGAAACUGGAGGCUCGCAUCAAAGAGCUGGAGAACGAGCUGGAGGCGGAGCAGAGGAGGGGAACAGAGUCCAUCAAGGGUGUUCGCAAGUAUGAACGCCGCAUCAAGGAGCUCACCUACCAGACCGAGGAACACCACAAGAACAUGGCUCGCCUCCAGGACCUGGUGGACAAACUGCAGCUGAAGGUCAAGUCCUACAAACACGCAGCCGAGGAGGCAGAGGAGGCAGCAAACAUCAAUAUGGCCAAACUCCGCAAGCUACAACACGAGCUGGAGGAGGCAGAGGAGAGGGCCGACAUUGCCGAGUCACAGGUGAACAAGCUGAGGGCGAAGACCAGGGACGGAUCCUCCAAGAAGGGCCUGGAUGAGUGAGGAGACCCCAGAGAGUCGGCAUCACAGGUGUUCCUGUUCCUGGUGACUGGAGGGAUCAAAGUGAGAGCAGCAGAAACCAACUGAAACUAUUAUUCUGUCAGCAUUAGCAGAAAUAGUGUUGUAGUAGUGCUUAUUAUUAAUCAAAAGUCAUUUGAAAAGUGAAGAGAUACACUUUCUGAUUUUGUUAUAAUCCCCAUUAGAAACCAUACAGACUUCAAAAACAUCAGUCUCUAUCUCUGGAGGUCUCCUGUGGAGUUUUUGACCUUUAAUGGCGCAUUAAGGGAUCCCUGUAUUGUUUGUGCCUCAUGUUCUGUUAGCAUGUGUUUUAGGACGAGCGUGAGGAGAUACACAUUGUGGUAAAGUGCCUUAAAUCAGGAGAGGAAGGACAUAUAUAUAUAUAUAUAUAUAUAUAUAUAUAUAUAUAAAGAAUUCAGGUUCCCCAAAAAUCUGAAGAAGUUUUUGCAAAUGUUCUGUGAGGUAGGAAACACAAACGUGUUUGUAUGUCAGAGACAAAACACGAGUCUGUUUGACAAUAAGUCUGUUAUUGUGUCUUUGUGGACACCUGAGAGUCCGUCCUGUGUCUUCUGUCCACUGAGCAAACGUAGAAACAUCUGUGUUUGAAUCCUCCUCCAUGUUUUAAAGUGUGCUUGUAGUUUAAUCCCGUGGUUCCCAGACUUUAAGACUCAAGGCUCUCCUGCUGUAUUUACAGUGACCUUCAGAGCACGAUGAUGGGCCUCCACAUGUUUUGUGUUUGACUGACAUGAUUGAUUGAUUUUAUUUUUCCUCCCCAUCUAAAGUCUGUCCAUCUCCAGCUGAGUAAAUCUUGCUGACCAGAAUCGUGAAUCUUUGCAGCAUCGGAGCGUCUCUGUUUCUUUAUCGUUUCCAAAUGAAUCACAGAACAAAUCUCGACUCAUCAGUGGAACUAAUAACACGAAUGGAGGCAUAUCGCUUGGCGGUGAAUGUGUAUUAGUCACAUCUGUGUUUGACAAGUCAAAAUGUCUACUGUGCAAAUAAACAUCUCAUUCCCAAAGCCCUUUUAAUUUGAAAUAUCAUUUCCUGUUCAAGAUAACUCACAAACAUAACUGGACUCACUUCUGAUUCUCCUGAAGGUUUCAGUCUGGAUCAAUACCAGAAUAUUAUGAAAACAUGAUCAAUAUAAAGCUGUCAGAGCUGCAGGUGAACCCGAGAUUAUUACAAACUGCCAUUAAUCUGUAGAGAAAUAAAAUCUGAGCUGUUUCUGUUUGAACUCUGAUCGUCACUUAUUCUGUUGUCCUUUAAAAGAUAAAACGUUAAAAAGUUUGACACUUUUUCUUGCUGAUCAAUAAAUUAAAUCUCCAGAAA